AUGACGAUCACGACAGGUACCAGCACGGAGAGCAGCAGCACGACGAGGAGCAGCACGAGUGGGACGAGCAGUGGGACAAGUACAACAUCUCCGCACACCACGACGGGAACUAGCAGCACUACGGUUAGCAGCAGCACGACCCUGACACCCACGAGCGAGUCGAGCACUAUGACGAUCACGACAGGUACCAGCACGGAGAGCAGCAGCACGACGAGGAGCAGCACGAGUGGGACGAGCAGUGGGACAAGUACAACAUCUCCGCACACCACGACGGGAACUAGCAGCACUGCGGUUAGCAGCAGCACGACCCUGACAUCCACGACGAGUCGAGCACUAUGA